AGGCCGUGGAAACCGGCAGAGUGUUUUUUGGUGUUGUCGUGUAAGUAGAACGUUGGUAGUAGCGUUACAAGCGUUAUUGAAGUGGUAGCUGUGUUAAAAAUGGAGAUCAAUUCGUCACCAAAUUUCGAGAGAAAGUUUCAUGUCAAAAGAACUUUCAGGAAUAAUAAAACAGCGAGCCGGAAGGAAGAAGUGGCGGUGAUUCGGGCCAAGUUUCCCAAUAAGGUUCCGGUAAUCGUGGACAGGUUUCGCAAGGAGAUGAGCCUGCCCCAGAUGGAUAAAACCAAGUUCUUGGUACCUCAGGAAAUCACAAUGUCGCAGUUUGUUACCAUCAUCAGGAAUAGAAUGCAACUGGGUUCAACACAAGCAUUCUACCUUCUUGUGAACAACCGUUCAAUGUUGAGUUUAUCCAAAACAAUGGCAGAAGUGUAUAGCGAGCACCAGGAUGAUGACGGUUUUCUUCACGUCACAUAUGCAUCUCAGGAAGUGUUCGGCUCUGGAGCACCUGGGCCCUAGAUCUGCUUCAGGUGUGCUGACAGCUACAACAUUGCCAAGAGGGUAUGCAGUUCCUCGUACAAAUUUUUCAUGAAGCCUAGAUGACUGAUGCAGUGUGGCUGUUAGGAGUAAGCCACCAAAUGGGGCAGGUGUCUAGGAUUGGAACUCCUUCUUGGAAUGGCCACCUGAACAGUGUUAAUUUGUUUUACAGUAAAUUCAUUGAACAGUGCAAGUGGAUCGAUGUUGAAGGUUUGCUCAGAUUCACAGGACUUAAUGUUGAGUUCGGCCAUACAUUUGAGACCUGAAGUUAAUGACCCAUCACUAUGUAAUGGUCUUGUGGAAGAGGAACACAAGACAGUGUCUGUGUCAUAAUGUUGUGAUGACAUACUUCAAAUUAUGGUUUAAAAUAAUUUGACCUUGAAUGAUCUGCAGGCUUACAUAAAGCCGUUUUUCCCACCCCCACCCAAUCUGUCUUCUGGGAAAUGAAGCCUUGUAGUGUAUGUACCAAACUACAUGGUGACACAUAUGUAAUCUCUGCUAUGAAAGCCUCAAAUCUUGCACUGUGUUGAUACUUCUUUGGGAGGUCUGUAUGAUGCUUGGUUAUAAUUUUGGCCUCCUUCCAUCAUGCUCAUUUAUCCCUCAGUAUGUUCUGAAUACUCUCCCAGGUUUAUCUGGGGUUUCCUCCUACACCUGUUUCUAGUGACUGCUGUAUUUUAGUGUAAUAAGAACUCUUCUUUAAUUUUCUGUCCUACAUAAAUGAGCAUGCUGUGAAUUUUGUAAAGUUCACGUGGUCAGAAUCCAGUAUUUUAAAAAUUCUCAGAUCAAUAUUCAGUCAAAAUGUUAUACUUUGUAUUUCAAUUCAAUUUUAGCUCAUAUUUACUUAAUCCUUGGCUCUACAAUCCUCAGUUUCCUAUAUGAUGUACGUCUGUCCUCUGUUGUUUGCCUUUUGCCUCCACCUCUCAUUACCCGCAUCUUCCAGCCGUAAUUCCCUCAGUUCUUGAACCUAACUAUGUAUAUAGACAACCUCCUUUACAUACAAUUUUCCUUCAGUAAUGCAACUAUUUAUUUCUUCAUUCACAUUGACAUUUGCUUUCACUAUUAACAGAACAUGUUUCAUCUUCAGGUGUCUCAUUAUGCCAACCCUGCUACACUGCACUGAAUAUUGUGCUUUUCACAUGUGCAUAACUGAAAAUUUCAUAUUAAAAUGUUACAAUUGUACUACCUGUUGUGCGUUAAAAUCUUGCAUGUUACAGUUCACUCCAUUUAAAAUCAGUUAAAAUCGUUUACAUUUUUAAUUAUAUAAAACUCAUCACAAUGGCGUUGUUCACUUGUCUAAGCAAUAUACCCUUCUUCAGUUGUCUGCCUUGCAGCGGCUAACCCUUUCCAUAUGCAAGCCCAUUGUUAUGUUUUGUCUACAGUUUUGCCCGUUGCUUGUCUGUUGUUCCCACAAGCAGCGUAUAGUGUUGUCUUCGCAUGUGCAGACAUUAUGUUAUGUUAAUAGCGAAAGCAAAUGCAAAUGAAGAAAUAAGUAGUUGCUUAUUUGACGGAAAAUUGUAUGUAAACAAGGUUGAAUAUAGUAAUGCAACAGGAUGCUUAAAUACAAGAAUACAUAUAUAGAGCUGUAAAUUUUGAUGUCUCUGACAAGAUUGGCAGUGUUCCAGUAAAUUGGUCAGUUGGAUCGAUGUCAGCAGAUGAGCUACAGUGACAGUGGAAAUUCAAUACACAUCUUCUUGAGCUUGCAUCACUUUGGAGUAUAUGCUAUGGUGCUAGCAGUUGGUGUGUCUCAGAUUGAUUGAUGUUUGUUUUGUAAGAAAAACUUGACUAUGAUACUCAUUUCACUAGUGAGACCGGAAUAUAAAUAUAUCCAAAUCUGAAAUAAAAUUAAGGGGGAAAAAAUUAAAAUCAAAGUUCGAAAAAUGACGAUGAUGCUUCUCCAUAAAGAAUUUCUUUGAAGGCUGACAUAAAAGUAGUUAUUUAACUUUAUGAUGGAAAUAAAUAAAAGGUAAUAGUGAAGUUGAGUCUUUUUAUGUAAAUAAAACUAAAAAAUUCUUAAGCUGUGCAUAAAUAUUUACUUGAAGGGAAAUGGGCAGUGAAAUGAAAUAACAGUGACGCUUGAGGUGAGAGAUUGUUGAAUUACUGACAAUGUUAGCUCUCGUUUUGAAUAUUAUUGUACACAUAAUGUCAUGUUUAA